CAUAUCACAACGAAUAAAGAAUAAAGCGAAAUGACGGGUGUGACGACAUCAUUUUUUUAUUUUUUUAAUUUUAUACCGAGAACUAUUUUGCUACUCCUCCCCCCUUUAUUUUAUUCCAACUCUCUCCAACACACACACAUACACUCGAAAUGACCGAAUAUCAAGGAGCAUCUCCCAGUAAGUUUUCAUCCUAUCUGUCUUGUUUUUUUUCACCCCGCCAAUAUUCACGCUAUUGGUUUAGAUGAACUCAUGUUGUCCUUAUGCAGAGGUGACCAAGAGGAAGAAUUAGAACUGUUACUGGACGAAGGUCAUUGCGAUGUUUCUUUUACCGAUGGUACCGGGAACUCGGCUGCUCACUAUGCGUAAGUUUAUUCAUGUUUCUUGUUACUGCGUAUUUCCAACUAAUUCGACCAUCUGAUAUAAGCGUUAAGGCUGGUAGCAUCGGCUGCUUGGAAGUCCUUGUGAAUCAUGACGAAGUUGAUCUCGAUAUUCAAGAUAGAAUAGGAGGCGAUACUCCUUUACAUUUAGCAGUUCAAUAUGCCAACAAGGAACACGACAUGGCAUUUGCCAUGAUUGAUUUAUUGUUAGCAGGCGGUGCUGAUCCCAACAUUACAAAUCGAAACAAGAUGACACCCAUCAUGAUUUGUAACCCAAAGUACAAGGAUAUCAUCGAUAAAUUAGACGGAGCAAGUGUUGCUUACAACAUGGAUGAUUCGGAUAUUGCCAACCAUGAAGAGGACGAUGAUGCAGAAGGUUCUGCUUCAGAGGAAGAUUAAAACAAUAAAAAAAAAACUCGCAUGCAAAAUCAAUGCAAAGCUGGGAUAGAAAAAAAGAAAUAGAAGUGUAGUGUUUGUAGUUUGGGUGUGACGUAUUUGUCCUUUUUUUUAAUCUUUCUCUUUGUCUCUCUCCUGGAAGCUCCUUUCUUUUUUUUUUCUUUCUUUAUUCUCAAAACCCUUCUUCAUAUACAUAAUAGCAUCAUGACAUCCAUGCAAUUACCUCCUGGUAAUGACUUUAAUGCAACCUGGGCCUUUUUAGAAGAAGGUCUUGACCAAAUCAUGACACGUUUUGAGCAAGGUCUUGAUCGUACACGUUACUCCAUUUUGUAUAGUGCUGUUCAUAAUUAUUGUGCUAGAAGUGAUACC